AAAUGCUGCGUUUUUCAAUUGUCAAAGUUUCUGUUGUCUAAUGUUUUGUAAAUGAAUAAAUUUCUGUUUAUUCAUCAAAGACGGCGCUGGUUUACAAAAAUUCAAUAUUUCGUUUUAAUAGACAUCUGUCUACUACAACAAAAUUAAAAGUGAUGAGUAAUAAAGACGAAGCCGGGCCGUCAAAAAAGCCAAAUGAACACAAUCAUCCGCCCCGAAGUGAUAGUACAGAACGUGAGGAAGUUGCACCAAGCCCAAGUAGUGUGUUGGAAUCUAUUCGGGCGAAUUUAACCCACUUGUUCUCCAGGCUUUCAGUACAUCAAGAACCAGCGGCGACUGGGGUUAUUCCAAGUUUAACGUUUGAUGGAUUUCUGCAACACUGGAAAGAUAAUGGGUUUAGAAAAAUUAUUACGUUAGUUGGAGCGGGUAUAUCAACAUCUGCUGGCAUACCGGACUUUAGAACACCUGGAACGGGGCUUUACGACAACUUAAAGAAAUAUGAUCUACCACAUCCAACCGAUAUAUUUGAAUUGGAUUAUUUUUUGGACAAUCCAAAGCCAUUCUUUUCUUUAGCCAAAGAGUUGUACCCUGGACACUUUACUCCGACACCAACUCAUUACUUCAUACGACUUUUAAAUGACAAAGGUUUGUUGGUUCGUCAUUACACACAGAAUAUUGACUCUUUGGAGCGUAUUGCUGGCAUACCCGAGGAGAAGAUGGUCGAAGCGCAUGGUACAUUUCACACAAAUCAUUGUCUUGAAUGCACGACAUUGUAUUCAAAAGAAUGGAUGAAAGACAAAUUAUUCACCGAUACUUUACCCCUGUGCGACCAUUGCGGUGGCAUUGUCAAACCCGAUAUUGUUUUCUUUGGUGAAAAUAUGCCCGAGAGUUUCUAUAAUAUGCCAACCGAAGAUUUCAAGGACUGCGAUCUGCUUUUUAUUAUGGGUACAUCAUUGGAGGUGUAUCCUUUCGCUUCGUUGGUUGGGUAUGCAGAACCUUCAUGUCUACGUGUACUGAUCAACAGGAAUUUCGUUGGAAAAUUUACGAGCCCGGUGAAUAAGCGAGAUAUCUCCUAUGUAGGUGAUUGUGAUGACGCUGUGUGGAAAAUAGCUGAGGCGCUGGGCUGGACUGAUGAGCUCAAAGCAUUGAUUAAAAAAGAAACAGGACAAUUUGAAAAGCAAAAGCCCAAGAGCGUCACUUUAAAACCUGAGAGCGAGAAAUCAAAACAAACGAAGGACAAAAAAUCCUAAAUAAUAAUACCUAAUAAGUUUAAUAACAAUACAAUGGUUUAGAUAACACAAAUGGGUUUUGUGCAAUAGGGAUACAAAUAAAUGUGUGAAAGUGAAAUAAUCUGUAAAUAAAUGUAGUGGUUAUUAUAACAUACAUUAGGUGAUAUGUAGACGGCUAGAGAUUUGAAAUACUACUGAAAUUGACUAUAUAUAAUAAAAUCAUAAAAAUGUAAAAAUA